AUGGCACGGCUAUAUCUUCUAUUGUGGAUAUUGUUUAGCGUGUUGAUCGCAUUCUCCAGUUGCAGAACACCGUGCUCAAGGAUUUUCUUUCAAAACAUCAAUGAAGAAACCAUGCCUUACAAAAUUAUUGAAGGUGUGUUUACAAAGGAGAAUAUCAACCACAAAAACUUCCCUGUGUAUCGGCGUGAAAACGACAAUCUACUGUUUUACUAUUAUAUUUCCAACGAAGGCAAAAAAUACUUGGCCUUUGGACUUAAUCUAAAAGACUACUUUGGCGUCGCUGCUGCUGUUUAUAGCGCCGUUGAUCCGGUAUCUUGGCUGAGCUCCGGGAGUUUGGAUAGAAGUGAUGUCUUUGGAGGAUUGAUAUACAAGUGGAUGUUUUUCAACACGCGUGAUAAAACCAAUUACUAUGUUACAGUUAGUAGUUCGUCACCUAUGAUUAAAACUGUAUGCGUGGAUGAAGAUUUCAGAGAAUGUAACUCGGAUAGACUCUACUUGAAUGACAAUUUCACCGAUGGAAGGGGGAAUGUUGUGAACGAUCUCACUCGAGAUUAUUUCUUUCGCAAGCAAGGUGUCUUCCGUAACCUUCGCCCUCUGUAUCAGCAUAGUAGACAAACGUGGUACCUUCAAUACACUGCAGACGGCUUCUGGGUGGUAACAGAAAGGUACUCACCAAGCAAUUCAAAUGAUAACGUUUUAAUGAAGACUAAAGAUUUUGCCCUGCGACCAGAGUACAUCAGCAAGACUUGGUCGGUCCAUUACAAUGGAUGGCGUUAUAUGCCUAAACUUAGAGUCUUGUGUAGAGGAGUAAAUUCCAUGUCAAAUACUUGUCUAUCAAAGCCAUGUGAUAGCAAAUCUACAUGCAUCUACACUUCCGGUAACGAAACACUUUGUCUCUGUCCUUCCGGUUACACCGGUGUGACAUGCUCUAGCAACAAACAGUGCCCCACUCCCUACCCCUUAUCUGGCACAGAACUGAACUUCGCAUAUCCAGGAAAAAGGCCUGGCGAUCUCGGCUUUUCCUUCUGCAGUGGAUCGUAUCCUUCUGUAAGGUUUGCCGUGUGUGUGGAAAGCAAAUACAGUGUUAAUUCUUACUGGAGCAGACAAGGCAGCGCCUGCCGUAUAGGGAAUACUGGAAGCACUUCUUCCCCCUGGACACCCUGGAAUCCACCAACAACCGAGAGGUCCUGGACACCCUGGAAACCUCCCACGCCUGGAGCUCGUCAUAUUAACUUUGAUGACAACCCUGUAAUCGUUCCCGUGGUACUUACUUCAGCCGCGCUUCUGGAAUUGCUCCUGCCAUUUAUCAUCUACUGUUGCGCUAUGUGCAAGAAAAAGGGUAAAGAAGACAGAGAAGAACAAGAAGAUCAGAGGAGGUUACAGGAAGUCGGCGGGGAAUUAGAAAGGAGACUUGAGCAAGUUGCUAGGGCCGGAAGCCAAGAGGAACUCGACCGAGGUGUUCAAGAUUACCAACAAACCGUACAGGAAUACCAACUUGAGAACGAAGACAAAGAACUGAGCCGCAAACGAGGCUUGUACAGAAAUGCAAGUUUAUGGCGAAUCAUUUCCAUGCACUUGUUUUUUUCCUUUUACCUAUGGAUCGUGUAUCUGGUGGGUUGUGAAAUUUCCCAAUGUACUCAAUACGGACGUAUUUUCGUCUACUUAAAAACCUUUGCAAUUGUAAUGCUGUGCAUCUCGUCUGUGUACAUUUUCAUAGAAAGCAUAUUCUCCCACGAGCUGGAUUACUUGAGAAACAUCAUGCAGGACGAGACCGCUUGGGGCUACAUACAAAAAAUGCAUCAAGUCGCACCAAGGAUUGGCAUGGUCGUGGAGUGCUAUCAUUUUGAGACGCGCACGCGUGUCGUGUAUUACACGGACGCAAAUGGCAACAGGCAGUCCCGCACAGAAACUUAUACCGAGAGGGUUGUGACAUUCGUAGACCACGGUGAAUUCUCGUUCGGCUCGUGGGUUGAUAUUUCCAAAAGAGAAAUGCCAGCACUGAGUACAGUGUCUCUUACUCGAGUAAGAAUUGAUCCGUAUGUCUUGUUUGGUGAUCAGGAGACAGCAGAUGAUUACGAGAGACAAGCAGCAGCCAUGAUAGAAAGAAAUCGUCACCGAGAUGCUUUUACGGAUUUCUCAGCAAGUAGAGAAAUUCCUGGGCUGAAGAAGAGGAUCUCUGCUUAUGUGGAUUUGAGGGUGAAGCCUUGGUGGAUUCGACCUCUGUUUUUUUGGCUGGCCACGCUGUUGCAGAUGAGUUGGCCUUAUCGCUGGCUGUUCAGAGCAAAAACCAGUAAAAAAUACUAUGCUCUAAAGAAGAAAUUGUAUAAGAGUACAACGCCCCCAAGAGAAGUAGACAUUAUGGAUCCAAUAGCAAUGUUGGCGGGUAGUGCAUCGUCCAAUGACUCCAGCGUCCNGAUAUUUCCAAAAGAGAAAUGCCAGCACUGAGUACAGUGUCUCUUACUCGAGUAAGAAUUGAUCCGUAUGUCUUGUUUGGUGAUCAGGAGACAGCAGAUGAUUACGAGAGACAAGCAGCAGCCAUGAUAGAAAGAAAUCGUCACCGAGAUGCUUUUACGGAUUUCUCAGCAAGUAGAGAAAUUCCUGGGCUGAAGAAGAGGAUCUCUGCUUAUGUGGAUUUGAGGGUGAAGCCUUGGUGGAUUCGACCUCUGUUUUUUUGGCUGGCCACGCUGUUGCAGAUGAGUUGGCCUUAUCGCUGGCUGUUCAGAGCAAAAACCAGUAAAAAAUACUAUGCUCUAAAGAAGAAAUUGUAUAAGAGUACAACGCCCCCAAGAGAAGUAGACAUUAUGGAUCCAAUAGCAAUGUUGGCGGGUAGUGCAUCGUCCAAUGACUCCAGCGUCCCGAACCAAAUAUCUUAUCCCAUGACGGAGAUCGUCAAUCCAGGCAUAGGUAACCCCGCCUUCCAAAACGGCUGCGCACCUUAUCCAUCUGGCAAUCCAACUUUGGGACCUGGCUUCUCGGCCGCACCCCAACCAAGUGCACCCCCUGCAACAUACGUCACAGGCACCCUACACCUAUCUCCAAAUGCACCGAAUGCUGCCGGACCUCCUGUGUAUAGUUCUUAUCCCACCGGUGGAGCUGCGUAUCCUACCCAGCCACCCGGACCUGUCUACCCUCCGUAUUCUAUCGUACCGCAGCCAGACGAGCCCCCGCCCUCUUACGAUGCUGCUGUAGGAUACACUCCUGACAUUCCCCAAGCAAGUAACGAGAAAAACUCCCCUGGGACUUGA